CCCAUUGUUUUUUUAAAGCAUUAGAAGAAAACGAUGAGGCUGUAAGAUGAUGGGUGAUCAGUUUCGUAAAGUAGAGCAAUAUUCGCCGAAAUCGUCGCCUAGGGGGGGCCGUUCCCCCGUCGUAUCCAGACAAGAUUCAUCAGGAACAUUAAAAACGACCAUUUUAUUGGGAAAGAACCCUUCCAUUGUCCCCAGUGGACCUUUUUAUUUGAUGAAAGAACCACCUGGGGAGUCCGAAUUAACAGGUGCAACAAACUUGAUGGCCUAUUAUGGCCUUGAACAUUCCUACAGCAAAUUUAGUGGCAAAAAAUUAAAAGAACAACUGUCCUCUUUCUUACCAACCUUACCAGGGGUUAUAGACUCUCCAGGGCAACAGGAUAACAGCUCUUUAAGAUCAGUAAUUGAAAAACCACCCAUAGGUGGUAAAGAUUUACUGCCUUUAACCAGCAUACAGCUGGAUGGUUUCAGACUACAUCCAGGACCGUUGCCAGAACAGUACAGAUACACAAAUUCAACUCCAAUAAAAAAUAAACACAAAAACAAACACAAAAAACACAAACACAAGGAGGGUGGAGUGCCAAAUCAAGAAACAACAAUUGCAGACACUAGUGGUGAUACACAUGAAAAGAAGCACAAAAAGCAAAAAAGACAUGACGAGGAUAAGGAACGUAAAAAGAGGAAAAAGGAGAAAAAACGGAAGAAGCAAAAACACAGUCCUGAACACAGUGGUGGCUUGACACCCAGUCAGCAUACAAGCAGUUAAAUAUAUAAAGAUUUUAUUUAAGUCAAAUAUACUUUUAUUGGGCUUUUUAAGGAUCUGUUUUAUGUAUGAGUACCUAUUUAUCAUUUAAUUAUUAUUAUUAUUUAAUAAACAGAUUGUUAUUUU